AUGGGCAACCAGAACGGAAUCAAUGAUGAGAGAUAUGUAACCCACAAAAAGUAUUACCGGGAAACCAAACGAGUUUCUGACAUACUUGUCAUUGAGAAUGUCCCAGAGUAUCAAAGUGCUACAGCUUCUGCUGAACUAGGGCCCCACUGGUCUUUGGAAUCGGUGGUAUUGGAUCCGAGACUCUUCGGAGUUCCAGCAUCUCGUCCACGGAGAUUCAUCCUUGCCUUCGACAAGAGGAAGGAUGCCAAACGAUUUCUGGAGCCCGAGGAACUGCUGUCGUCUCACAUCCUGCCAGUGACCGCUGAACAGGGUUUCGGCUUUCAGGCGUUGUGCAUUCCUGCAAGGGGCAGGUCUCGCGCGAUGCCCAAACGUGCGGGGGCUGGCAAUGGGCCUGCCACCAAAAGUGCGAAGACAAAUGUGGUUGCAGUGUGGGCUUCCAAGACUUUUGACCAAGCCAAGACUUUCGAUGUUGAGGGAGGCGAACAUCCUGUUCAGAUGCUGGUGGAUGAUUUGACACCACAGCUCUACCUACCCAUCCAAGAGUGGCUCGAGCAUCUUAUCCCUGGUUUUCCUGAGAAGACGGACGAUUUGGUGGAUAUUCCUCUCUUGGCCAUCUAUUUUCUACCCCCGGCAGAUGGUCUUCCUCUCUUUCAUGCGUGGCUAGUCACUGCAAAGGAUGUGUGGCACCGUGGCUAUGAAGGCCAUCGUGAAAUUCUUGAGAUUCGGUUGAAUGACCGGGUGGACCUGGUGGACCAUGGAUUCCGUUCCUUUAUUCCCACGAAAGGUCUGGGGCGUGUCUCCUGCAUCUUGUGGGCAGUUCUUUGGAGCUAUUUCAACAGGGAUUCCAUGGAUGGAGAUGCCAAGUCGGAUUUCAUCAGGUGGCUCCACUCUGUGAAGUCCCUCAAGUGCAAGGUCCAGUCUGCAGGGGUCGCGGAGCUGAGGUGGCGCAGGAUCCAGGACACCGUCAAGUACCCGGAGUCAAAGUACAAGGAUGCGUUCUUUGCUGCGAUGGAAGAGUACAACCAGUAUGGCAUUGCUGAGGUCAGCUCCCGCUACCGACUGGACAAAACUGCCAUGGAUGAACUUUAUGGGUUCAAGGUUGGUGUCUGCGAGAAAGCAUUUGAGCUCCUCCAGAAGCACUUGCACUGCUUCAAGUUUGAAGCGCGGGCCGGCAAGGCAUGUUCCGUCCGUUUGCCCUUGACCGAAUGGCUCACUGAGUGCGAUCGGAUGUGUUUCGUUUCCCACGUCUUGGCGUUGAUGGCUUAUUGGAAGGAUGAGCACGGCACCUAUGUGUUUGACAAUGGUGUCAUUGAGAAUCUUCUCAAGCGUGCUGUGGCCGACACAUUCGUAAAGACUUUGGACCCUCAGUUCAAGAUUGAGGAGACCAUCAUGUUCACAGAAGUCGCACCGAAAAAGAUCGACACGACCAAGGAGAAAGUGGAGCAGGCGGACCAGAAGCUCCAAGCUUUGUCUGCUGAAUCCCGCAAAGCACAAUUCCAAGCCGAUUCUCUUGCACUGGCCAGGGAUUUGGCACAAGUGGGGAAUGUUUAUCGUGAUGUGGUCAAGUCUGAGAAUUCGAUUCGUCAGGAACGCAUCAUGCACCUUCGGGGUCAAAAUUGUAUCGGUGCAGCCUUGGUGGCUGAUUACAUGUCCUUGAACAUGGCUGUCCAUGCUGGGUCCCUCAAGGAACAGAUCUCCCUCGCUGACCGGUUCUUGACUCGAUUUCCUCAAUACCCUUGUGUGGUUUGGUGCGACUUGAUGAAGUGCGGCCGCUUGACGCAGCAAGAAGUCAACGACUACUGUGACCUGAUGCAUUCAAUCUUCAAAAAGAGUCCUAUGUCAGUGGCAGUGCUGGUCGCACCUUACUUGGUCUCCGAGAAAGUAGCUGGCUACAGGGGAGAAUUGAGGAGAUGGGAGGACAAAAUGGACGCCCGAGGAUUCAAGCAGCACAGCAUCGCCAUUCGCUGCCAGUCGAACAGAAAUGAAAUUCCUUGGACGCCGGAAGGUCAAUACGUUGUACCGGUGGCCCAGAAAGACAACUUGCCCCAUGCCUCCGAGGGAAUGUCUUUGUCGGAUGUCCAGGAAUGUGCACAAUUCCUGGCGGGUGAGGCUCUCCCGUGUGGCCUACUUUCGGCAUUGUUGGGGCGGACGCCACCGGCAUCGUCAGCCACGGAUGUGGACCCAAACCAAUAUCCUUUGAAGCUGAUCAAGCUUGAUUAUGAUCCAAAUCCUUCAUUGAAAGGGUGGAACAAGUUUCGGAUCAGCAUUCCCCCAGCAGUGCGGGCUCGAUACAUCGAUGACCAAGUAUUUGGGGAGGAUUGGUCAAACAUCUUGAAGGAUUUUGAUCAAAAGUACAGUCCAAAGUCCAAUGCUGAUGCCACGGCUGCCCUUGCCCUGGUUAAAAAGGAGGAGGAAGAUGCAACCAAGGUCAUUGAACCUUGGACCAAUGAACCUGAAACUCUUGAAGAAUUGAUGGACAAGUACAUCGUUGAGGCCAAAUUCCCGGGGAGGAAUCAUGGGAGUACCAUGUUCCUGGUCCAGAAAGCAGUUCGGGUAGCUACCGGAGAAAAACCCAAAGAUGUGCCUGCUGAAACACCAGCUGAACCAAAGACAGAGAAACCGACUGUGCCCAUGACAGUCAGCUCUUGCACUCGCAGCACUGACCCUCCAAUGUCAAAGGAGAAAAUGGAAGAACUCGCGCAGGCAAUCAAAGAUGUAAAAACAGGGCAGAAGGCAGAGAGGAAAACGGAAAAGCAAAACAAAGAAAAGGCAGCACCAAAAAUGGCAGCAAAGAAGGCGAAAGCUAAGGCGAAGGCCAAUUCAGGAAAGAAAAGUCAAAAGAAUGAUUCCGAAGAAGAGUCCGACACAUUGGACUCGGAAGAGCCUCUUUCAAGCCAAGGUUUGCCAGCGGAAUCUGAGGAUGAUGAGGCCCCCCUGCCCUGUGCGUGUCAUGUACCUCACUUUUCCUCAGGUAAUGUAUCGAAGGGCAACAGAACCGAAAAGCCAGAAUCUCCUGAGAAGAACACCCAAAAGACCAAAAAGCCAAAGGCAAAGAAAACGACGAGGCAAACCAAGAAAAGUGAAACUGCAGAACUUUCCGCAGAAGAAAAGCGAAAGAUCGCAGUUGCUAAGGCCUUGGGGUCAGCAGGGGCUUGUGACACCAGUAGCACCACAAAGGCAAAGGGUAAGACUGAGAAGGAGGUGAAGAUCAAGAAGGGCGACAAGAACCAGACAAAUGCAGAAGAGCUAGCAAAGCCCACAAAGAAGAACCCCAAGGAGGAAGGAGAGAAAGCCGAUGAGAAGGGCGAGAAAAACAGGAGAGCAGCAAAGGAAAAGACCCAGGAGAACGAGAAGGAUGACCAGGUUGAUGAGAAGAACUCUACAAAGUUUGAUGCUGGAAAGACUAAGAAGAUCCGUGCGGAAAAGGAGAAGCCAGAGAAAGAUCAGCCGGAGAAGAAGACAGGCAGAAAGAAAGGAGAUUCCGACGAAGGCGAAGCUGAGGAGAAGAAAGUCAAGAAGGUCAGAAAGGAGGUCUAUGAGGAGAAGGGCAGCCACAAGAAAAAGGCAAAGACUUUGCAGACCGACGAGAAGGACAAGGAGAGCAAAGAUGAGAAGAGUGCAGGUGAAGAUGCGAUGAACCAGGAGGUCAACGAGAAUGGAUCGUACUCACAGGGGACAGAGAUCACAGAUCCUGGGUGUAGCCAGGACCCUGACAAACACCAGACGGAUGAAAAGAAGAAGAAGACCAAAGACAAGAAGGAAAAGGACAAGCCAGAGAAAGAUCAGCCGCAGAAGGAGACAGACAGACAAAGGCAGCAAGAAAGGAGAUUCCGACGAAGGCGAAGCUGA